CGAACUCACCCUGCUAAAAGAGAGGACGUUGAGGACGCGGCGGCUGGCGGGAGAGACAGCUGGAAGAGACCUGGCAGGUUCCGCGCGCGGCUUGCGCUGCUGUCACUCAGCAUCCCCCUGAGGCGUUUCUACGCCCGCCCCCUCCCCGAGGGGCGGGGCUGACCACUGUGGUACCCAGAGCCCGCGCGCGGGUGGCAGAGGUGCGCCCCUGCAGAGUGGGGACCCCACCCGGUUGUGCCAUGCCGGCCAGAGGCCGCGGAGGCGGGGGACGGAGCGCAACCAAGCGCCAGUGAGUGAUCACCGAGCAGCAGCCACCUCAGGGAAGCUCGGCAACCGCUAGGAGGGAAGAUGAAGGAGAUUUGCAGGAUCUGUGCCCGGGAGCUGUGUGGAAACCAGCGGCGCUGGAUCUUCCACACGGCAUCCAAGCUCAACCUCCAGGUUCUGCUUUCGCACGUCCUGGGCAAGGAUGUCUCCCGCGAUGGCAAAGCCGAGUUUGCUUGCAGCAAAUGUGCUUUCAUGCUCGAUCGGAUCUACAGGUUCGAUACUGUUAUUGCCCGGAUCGAAGCCCUUUCUAUUGAGCGAUUGCAGAAGCUGCUGCUGGAGAAGGACCGCCUCAAGUUCUGCAUUGCUAGCAUGUAUCGGAAGAAUAACGAUGACUCUGGCGCGGAGACCAAGGCGGGGAAUGGGACGGUUGACAUUUCCGGCUUACCCGAUGUAAGAUACUCUGCACUGCUCCAGGAAGAUUUUGCCUAUUCAGGGUUUGAGUGUUGGGUAGAAAAUGAGGAUCAGAUUCAGGAGCUACACAGCUGCCAUGCUUCGGAAGGCCCUGGAAACCGACCCAGGAGAUGCCGUGGUUGUGCAGCUUUGCGGGUUGCUGAUUCUGAUUAUGAAGCCAUUUGUAAGGUGCCUCGAAAGGUGGCCAGAAGUAUCUCGUGUGGCCCUUCUACCAGGUGGUCCACAAGUAUUUGCACUGAAGAACCAGCAUUGUCUGAGGUUGGGCCACCCGAUUUACCAAGCACGAAGGUACUCCCAGAUGGAGAAAGCAUGGAGGAAGGGACACCAGGAUCUUCUGUGGAAUCUUUGGAUGCAAGUGUCCAGGCUAGUCCUCCACAACAAAAAGAUGAGGAAACUGAGAGAAGUGCAAAGGAACUUCUAAAGUGUGACUGUUGUUCAGAUGAACAGGCUCCACAGCAUAUGUGUAACCACAAGCUGGAGCUAGCUCUUAGUGUGAUUAAAGGUCUUGAUUAUAAGCCCAUCCAGAGCCCCCGAGGGAGCAAGCUUCCUAUUCCAGUGAAAUCCAGCCCACCUGGAGCCAGGCCUGGCCAUAUCAUGACAGAUGGAGUUAGUUCCAGUUUCCUUAACAGAUCUUUGAAACCCCUUUACAAGACACCGGUAAAUUAUCCCUUGGAGCUUUCAGACCUGCAGGAGCUGUGGGAUGAUCUCUGUGAAGAUUAUUUGCCACUCCGGGUCCAGCCCAUGAACGAAGAGUUACUCAAACAACAAAAGCAGAAUUCAGAUGAGACCAUAAUAACUCAACAGUCUGUAUCUGAUUCCCACUUGGCAGAACUCCAGGAAAAAAUCCAGCAAACAGAGGCCACCAACAAGAUUCUUCAAGAGAAACUGAAUGAAAUGAGCUGUGAACUAAAGUCUGCUCAGGAGUCAUCUCAGAAGCAAGAUGGUACAAUUCAGAGCCUCAAGGAAACUCUGAAAAGCAGGGAAAGUGAGACUGAGGAGUUGUACCAGGUGAUUGAAGGUCAAAAUGACACAAUGGCAAAGCUUCGAGAAAUGCUGCACCAAAGCCAGCUUGGACAACUUCAUAGCUCAGAGGGUACUUCCCCAGCUCAGCAGCAGGUGGCUCUGCUUGAUCUUCAGAGUGCCUUAUUCUGCAGCCAGCUUGAGAUACAGAAGCUCCAGAGGGUGGUACGACAAAAAGAACGCCAACUGGCUGAUGCCAAACGGUGUGUGCAGUUUGUAGAGGCUGCAGCCCAUGAGAGAGAACAGCAAAAAGAGGCUUCUUGGAAACAUAACCAGGAAUUGCGAAAAGCCUUGCAGCAGCUACAAGGAGAAUUGCAGAAUAAGAGCCAACAGCUUCAUACCCUGGAGGCUGAAAAAUACAAUGAGAUUCGAACCCAGGAGCAACACAUUCAGCACCUAAACCACAGUCUGAGUCAUAAAGAGCAGCUGCUUCAGGAAUUUCGGGAGCUCCUGCAGUAUCGAGAUAACUCGGACAAAACCCUGGAAGCAAAUGAAAUGUUGCUAGAGAAACUUCGGCAGCGAAUACAAGAUAGAGAUGUUGCUCUAGAGCGGGCUAUAGAUGAAAAGUUUUCUACUCUAGAAGAAAAAGAAAAAGAGCUACGUCACCUUCAUCUUGCUGUGAGAGAGCGAGAUCAUGACUUGGAGAGAUUGCGCAGCAUCCUCUCUUCUAAUGAAGCUACCAUGCAGAGUAUGGAGAGUCUCCUGAGGGCCAAAGGCCUGGAAGUGGAACAGUUAUCUGCCACCUGUCAAAACCUCCAGUGGCUGAAAGAAGAAUUGGAAACCAAAUUUAGCCAUUGGCAGAAGGAACGAGAAAGCAUCAUUCAGCAGUUGCAGACGUCUCUGCAUGACAGGAACAAAGAAGUAGAGGAUCUUAGUGCAACAUUGCUCUGCAAACUUGGACCAGGGCAGAGUGAGAUAGCUGAGGAGCUGUGCCAGCGUCUACAGCGAAAGGAAAGGAUGCUGCAGGACCUUCUAAGUGAUCGAAACAAACAAGUGGUGGAACAUGAACUGGAGAUUCAGGGCCUGCUUCAGUCUAUGAGCACCAGGGAGCAGGAGAGCCAAGCUGCUGCAGAGAAGAUGGUACAAGCCCUAAUGGAAAGAAAUUCAGAAUUACAGGCCCUGCGUCAAUAUUUAGGAGGGAGAGACUUCAUGGUGUCCCAAGCACUCAACUCUAAACAACCUGCUGAAGUUAUCUCCGUCAGCCCCCAUCUUGGAGAGCAGACAGAUCAAGGUUCAAUGCAUAUAUCCUCCAGAGAUGAUGGCACUUCAUUGACUGCCAAAGGGGAUACCAGCAUACCCAGGUCCUCAUUAGGAGACUUGGACACAGUUGCAGGGCUGGAAAAAGAACUGAGUAACGCCAAAGAGGAACUUGAGCUUAUCGCUAAAAAAGAAAGAGAAAGUCGGAUGGAACUUUCUGCUCUACAGUCCCUGAUGGCUGUGCAAGAGGAAGAGCUGCAGGUGCAGGCUGCUGAUAUGGAGUCCCUGACCCGGAACAUGCAGAUUAAAGACGACCUCAUAAAGGACCUUCAGAUGCAACUGGUUGAUCCCGAAGACAUACCAGCUAUGGAACGCCUGACCCAAGAAGUCUUACUUCUUCGGGAAAAAGUUGCUUCAGUAGAAUCACAGGGUCAAGAAGCUUCAGGAAACCGAAGACAACAAUUGCUGCUGAUGCUAGAAGGACUGGUAGAUGAACGGAGUCGGCUCAAUGAGGCAUUACAAGCAGAGAGACAACUCUAUAACAGUCUGGUGAAGUUCCAUGCCCAUCCAGAGAGCUCUGAGAGAGACCGAACCCUGCAGGUGGAACUGGAAGUGGUCCAGGUGUUACGCGGUCGGCUAGAAGAAGUUCUUGGAAGAAGCCUGGAGCGCUUAAGCAGGCUGGAGACCCUGGCUGCCAUUGGAGGUGCAGCUGCAGGGGACGACACUGAAGACGCGAGCACUGAGUUCACUGACAGUAUUGAGGAGGAGGCUGCACACAAUAGCCACCAGCAACUCAUCAAGGUGGCUUUGGAGAAAAGCCUGGCAGCUGUGGAGACCCAGGGCGUAUCUCUUCCUCCUUCUUCCCCGACAGGAGGGGACAGUAACAGGGAUCUUCAGGAGGAAAUGCUCCACCUAAGGGCUGAGAUGCAUCAGCACUUAGAGGAGAAGAGGAAGGCUGAGGGGGAACUGAAGGAGCUAAAGGCUCAAAUUGAGGAAGCAGGAUUCUCCUCUGUGGCCCACAUCAGGAACACCAUGCUGAGCCUUUGCCUUGAGAAUGCAGAGCUGAAAGAGCAGAUGGGAGAAGCAAUGUCUGAUGGAUGGGAGAUUGAGGAAGACAAUGAGAAGGGCGAGGUGAUGGUGGAGACUGUGGUAGCCAAAGGGGGUCUGAAUGAGAAUAGCCUUCAGGCUGAGUUCAGAAAGCUCCAGGGAAAACUGAAGAAUGCCCACAACGUCAUUAACCUCCUCAAAGAACAGCUGGUGCUGAGCGGCAAGGAAGGGAAUAGUAAACUCAGUCCAGAGCUCCUUGUGCACCUGGCCAGGGAGAUCGACAGAAUGAACACAGAGCUUGUUUGUUCUCCUGGGAAGCACCAACGCCAAGAGGAGGACGUGACUAUGAGGCCCUGCCCCAGACCCCAGUGCCUUGACCUUGGGUCUGCCCUCGGAGUGAAUGCCCACCAACUGGAUAACCAACCCCAGGCCCGGGACCCUGGGCCUCAGUCAGAAUUGAGCCUCCCAGGAUCCACCAAGCACCUGUGCUCCCAGCUGGCACAAUGCAGACAGCGCUAUCAAGAUCUUCAGGAAAAGCUGCUGAUAUCAGAAGCCACUGUCUUUGCCCAGGCCAACCAGCUGGAGAAGUACAGAGUCAUGUUCAGUGAGUCCUUGGUGAAGCAGGACAGCAAGCAGGUCCAGGUGGACCUCCAGGAUCUGGGCUAUGAGACUUGUGGCCGAAGUGAGAACGAAGCUGAGCGGGAGGAGAGCCCCAGUCCCGAGUGUGAGGAGCACAACAGCAUCAGGGAAACAGUCCUAAUGGAGGGGCCGUGCUCUGAGCAGGGACAGCUGGACUCGACGCUGGCCAGCCCCCCUGGGAAGAAGCCCUUGGAGAACCAGCUAGGGAAGCAGGAGGAGUUCCAGGCAUAUGGAAAGUCAGAAGACAUCUCUGUCCUACGUAAGGACAUCAAAGAUCUGAAGACCCAGCUGCAAAAUGCCAACAAGGUCAUUCAAAACCUCAAGAGCCGGGUCCGGUCCCUCUCUGUUACAAGCGAUUAUUCAUCUAGUCUGGAGAGACCCCGAAAGCUGAAGGCCGUUGGCAUCCUUGGGGGAUCUUCACCUCAUAGUGUCACUGACGAGGAUGAGGGGUGGCUGUCUGAUGGCACUGGGGCUUUCUACCCUCCAGGGCUUCAGGCUAAAAAGGAUCUGGAGAGUUUGAUCCAGAGAGUGUCCCAGCUGGAGGCCCAGCUCCCAAAAACUGGACUGGAAGGAAAGCUGGCCGAGGAGCUAAGAUCAGCCUCGUGGCCUGGGAAAUAUGAUUCCCUGAUUCAGGAUCAGGCCCGAGAACUGUCCUAUCUACGCCAGAAAAUACGAGAAGGGAGAGGUAUCUGUUAUCUUCUCAUCCAGCAUGCAAAAGAUACAGUAAAAUCUUUUGAGGACCUCCUAAGGAGCAAUGACAUUGACUACUACCUGGGGCAGAGCUUCCGGGAGCAACUCGCCCAGGGAAGCCAGCUGACAGAGAGGCUCACCAGCAAACUCAGCACCAAGGAUCAUAAAAGUGAGAAAGAUCAAGCCGGACUUGAGCCACUGGCCCUCAGGCUCAGCAGGGAGCUGCAGGAGAAGGAGAAAGUGAUUGAAGUCCUGCAGGCCAAGCUGGAUGCCCGGUCCCUUACGCCCUCCAGCACCCACGCCUUGUCUGACUCCCACUGCUCUCCCAGUAGCUCCUCCUUCCUGAGUGAUGAACUGGAAGCCUGCUCUGACAUGGAUGUAGCCAGCGAGUACACACACUAUGAAGAGAAGAAAGCUUCACCUGGUCACUCAGAUUCCAUCCACCAUUCGACUCAUUCUGCUGUACUAUCUUCUAAACCAUCAGCAACCAGUGCACCUCUGGGGGUUAAGGCCGAACCCAGCAGCAACACCAUCAGCUUGCCGGCUCCCCAGAACCCCCCCAAGGAGGCCAGCCAGGCCAAGCCAGGUGUCAGCACCGUCCAUCCUCCUUCCCCAGCUAUGUUGCCAAGCAACCAUUUAGAAGCCAGCUCUUCCCACUACCUCAACUCUGCCCUGCCCCACUCUCCUCUGAGGGGCACCAUACCACUGGGCGGAAUCUUGGAGCCUGGGUACCUGGGCCGCAGUGGCCAGUGGGAUGUGAUGAGGCCUCAGAAAGGGAGCAUGUCUGGGGACCUAUCCUCAGGCUCCUCCGUAUACCAGCUCAACUCCAAACCCACAGGGGCUGACCUGCUAGAAGAGCAUCUUGGUGAAAUCCGGAACCUGCGCCAGCGCCUGGAGGAGUCCAUCUGCAUUAACGACCGCCUGCGGGAGCAGUUGGAACACCGGCUCAGCUCUGCUACCCGUGGGGGCGGGAGGAGCGGCCCAGGAUCCACCUCUAACUUCUACAGUCCAGGCCUGGAGUCCACCCCUCAGCUCUACAAUGAGAACAGAAUUCUUAGGGAGGAAAACCGGAGCCUUCAGGCUCAGCUGAGUCAUGUUUCAAGAGAGCACUCCCAGGAAACAGAAUGCCUGAGGGAGGCUCUGCUGGCCUCUCGAUCCCGGCUUCAAGAGCUGGAAAUGGAGCUGGAGCAUCAGAAGGUGGAGAGGCAGCAGCUUUUGGAAGACUUGAAGGAGAAGCAGCAGGAGAUCUUGCAUUUCCGGGAGGAGCGACUAUCCCUCCAGGAGAAAGACUGCAGGCUGCAGCAUAAGCUGGCCCUCCUGCAGCAGCAGUGUGAAGAGAAACAGCAGCUCUUCCAGUCCCUCCAGUCGGAGCUACAGAUCUACGAGGUGCUUUAUGGCAAUUCCAAGAAGGGGCUGAAAGCUUACACCUGGGACGCCUGUCACCAAGCCCCUCUGAGCAGUGACUUGAGCCACCUGGUGGCAGAGAUCCGAGCUUUGAGAGGGCAGCUGGAGCAGAGCAUUCAGGUGAACAAUUGUCUGCGACUGCAGCUGGAGCAGCAGUUGGAUGGUAGUGCUGGCAAAGCCAGCCUCAGCCCCUCGUCCAUUAACCAGAAGUUCCCAGAACUUCCACUGACCCUGGAAACAAGCAGCUGCUCUUCCCAAGAUUCAGUUGCCUCCCCUCCAGUUCGGGAUGUCGGCAUGAAUUCUCCAGCUCUGGUCUUCCCCAGCUCUUCUUCCGCUGCUCCUGGCUCAGCGCCCACCAUCUUCAAUAGGACAAAUGAGCUGGGUUUGGAUGCUUCUCCAGUAAUGAAGGACCCUCCCAAGCUGGAGGGCGAUGCUACUGAUGGCUCCUUUGCCAAUAAGCAUGGCCGCCAUGUCAUUGGCCACAUUGAUGACUAUAGUGCCCUGAGACAGCAGAUUGGGGAGGGCAAACUGCUGGUCAAAAGGAUAGCAUCUCUCGUGAGAUCAGCCUGCGACUUCCCUGGCCUCGAAGCUCAAGGCGCAGAGGUGCUGGGCAGCGAGGGCAUCCGUGAGCUUCGGAGCAGCGCCAGCACCCUGCAGCACACGUUGGAGGAGUCGGCAUCCCUCCUCACCAUGUUCUGGCGAGCGGCCUUGCCAAGCUCCCAGAGCCCUGCACUGCCUGGUAAAGCGGGAGAGUCUAUGAAAAGGGAACUUCUGGAACUGAGAACCAAGCUAUCCAAACAGGAGAGUCUCCUUCAGAGUACAGCUGAGCGUCUGAAGACCGCCAACCAGCAGAAGGAGAGCAUGGAGCAGUUCAUCUUCAGCCAGUUGACCAGGACACAUGAUGUUUUGAAGAAGGCAAGGACUAAUUUGGAGGUGAAAUCCCUAAGGGCUCUGCCGUGCACUCCCGUCUUGUGACCCUUGCCUUCCAGGAGCCACGCAGGGGGCGAAGCCACCAGAGGUCGUUGAAGCAGCAGGAAGGAUGGGCCUGCCCCCCUUUUGCACAGCUACCUAUCUGCUGAAGAGACCUGGGCCCCACUCCUCACACCCUGCUGGAGAGUCUAGAAGAAGGUGUCAGAGGCCUGGUGGGACCGGACGAAGGCAAAGAGCCUUUCCUGCAGUCAUGGAAUACCAUCAGCCCAGGGUCGCUUGUCCCACCACUAAGCAAAACACGCGUAGUUUUUAGAGGACCUUGUGACGCUGCUUCUCAACACCCACUGGCAGGGGAACCAACAACAGCACAUUUCUCACCUCAGCACCUGUCCUCAGAGGGUCAACUCAGGGGAAAUAGGACCUGCUUCCUAAGACGGGGGCGUGUGGUCCCAGUGCUGGAGCUCCUCGGCAGUUCUAAAAGCACACGACUGAGUGGCAGUGCCCUGCUGGACAGUGGGGCUCAGGCAGCACUGCCCACAGAUCCACACUGGACCCAGGGCCAGCUCAGCUGGGUCACUGUCAGGGUGGGCAUCAGUCUACACUACAGCACCUGAGUUCUUUGAAUCCACAUGGUAAAAGCGGUGACUUCCCGGACGCCAUCUCCUGCUUAGCCUGGCACCUCCUAUUUCUAUUCUCUUUUGAUCUCCAAAGUGUGCUGACCUCACUCUAAAUAUGCUGUCCUGCUUUAUCUGCCCAGCUUCUCUCUGGGGAAUUGAGACUAAGGGCCAAAUCAAGCCCAUUGAAGGUCUUCUGUAAAGCAAACCAGUGAUCAUUUUUAAGUGGCAUGUGAGAAGUCCCCGGUUGUGCUAAAGCCUAGUCUGUCUUCACAGUGCUUUAGAAGGUGUGUAUGUGUGUAUAAAUGUAUGAUAUAUAUUUAUAUAUGUGGCUAUAGCAAUAUGUUGGCUGACAUAACUGGUGGACAGGGUUAGUGAGAGUAAAUGAAACUGUCUGUUUGGUGGCUAUUAAAGCAAAUGUGUAUAAAGAAAUAAAAAGAUUUUCU